ACUUUGCCAGCAGCAGUCAGUUUUGAGGUUUUCUCCGUCGCGGUCGUUUCGUCGGCAUCGGUUCUGGGAAAGAGGGGUGAAAAAAAAGAAAAAGAAAAGAAAGGGCCACCAAAAUUGUGCGUGUGAGUGUGAAAAAGUGGUUCGUUCCAGUUUCCGGUGCGGCCGUUCCGGAUUGCGGUCAAGUUACCUUCGCGGGGAGGGCGAUGGCCGGGCAGUUUUGAGUGAUUUUGUCGAAAUUUGAGCCGUGAAAAGGUUGGAAAAAUUCGUGUGAUUGAGAGUGAGUGGGGUGCAGAGAGGCCACCCAAAAAAAAGUCGUGGCAGGCGUUGCGAAAAAAGUGACGAAAGGCGAAGAAGAAAAAUCAAUUUGACAGCACACAGGCUAACGAGAAACUUCCGGGCGAAGCCGGAAUAACGGGAACCAGAGAUUCCGUGGAUUGCCCCAGCGAGACAGCCAAGACAGCCACCGUGGCCAGCAUAAGCAUUAGUAGUAGCAGCAGUGCCAGCGGCAAGGCCAAAAUGGGCAAAACCAAGAUCCAGUGCAGCCGGUGCCAGAAAAAGUGCUCCGGCGAGGUGCUGCGCGUCACGGACCGGUACUUCCACAAGACGUGCUUUCAGUGCACCAAGUGCAACAAAUCGCUGGCGACCGGCGGCUUCUUCUCCAAGGAUGGCGCCUAUUACUGCACCCUGGACUACCAGAAGCUGUACGGCACCAAGUGUGCGGCCUGCAGCCAGUACGUCGAGGGCGAGGUCGUGUCCACGAUGGGCAACACAUAUCAUCAAAAGUGCUUCACCUGCAGCAAGUGCAAACAGCCGUUCCAGUCUGGCAGCAAGGUCACCAACACCGGCAAGGAGGUUCUGUGCGAGGGCUGCGUCAAAGGACCGUCGACUGCGGUGACAAAUGCAGCGGUGACGGCCCCCAGCGGACCCACGAUGGCCACGACCAUCGCGUCCACCACAUCACCAAAGAGACAGAUCGAGCAGAAGCAGGAGCAGAAGACGAUCAAGGAGAUCACGUCGAGUCCGACGCGGGCGGCCACCCUGCAGCACCACCAGGAAACGGUCCGGAAGCAGCAGCAGCAGAACGGGCUGGGCAAGGACGUCGACCCGAACGAGUGCGCCGGCUGCCAGCAGCAGCUGAAGGAGGGCCAGGCGCUGAUUGCGCUCGACCGGCAGUGGCACAUCUGGUGCUUCAAAUGCAACGCGUGCGGCAUCACCCUCAACGGCGAGUACAUGGGCAAGGACGGCGUUCCGUACUGCGAGAAGGACUUCCAGAAGUCGUUCGGCGUCAAGUGCGCGUACUGCAACCGGUACAUUAGCGGGAAGGUGCUGCAGGCCGGCGACAACCAUCACUUCCACCCGACGUGCGCCCGCUGCACCAAGUGCGGCGAUCCGUUCGGCGACGGGGAGGAGAUGUACCUGCAGGGCGGUGCCAUCUGGCAUCCCCGGUGCGGCCCGGGCCCGUCGUCGGCCGAUUCCGCCGCGCUGCUGAACGGCGUCGAAAGCAACGGGUUCAACACGGAGACGGAGUUUGACCGAACCAGCACCAGUGCAAUGAGUGAGAUUCAGUUUUCGUUACGUUCACAAACACCAAGUUUGAGUGGUUCUGUUUAUAGUCCUUACACGCAUAGAAAGUAUCACCGCACUACCAGUCCCGGGCUGAUCCUGCGAGAGUACAACCGUCAGGGUUACGGUGACGACAUCGCCCGUAUCUACACGUACAGCUACCUGACGGACGAACCGCACUAUCUGCGCAAGCCGAUCGAACCGUACGACAAGGCCCCGGUUUCGCCGCACUUUCACCGGCCGCACCAGUACGGCGUCGGGCCCCGGUCCUCGUCCGGAUCGCGCUCGCACUCACGCAGUCGCAGCGCCAUGAAGGUGCUGGUCGACAGCAUCCGGUCGGAGACGCCGCGGCCCAAGAGUCCGGGCAUGAACAACGAGGAACCGAUCGAGAUGAGCCACUAUCCGGGCGCGAAAAAGCCGCCGCCGGGCGAGAAACCAAAGAUCGAGCGGGACGACUUCCCGGCGCCACCGUACCCGUACACGGACCCCGAGCGGCGCCGCCGCUACUCGGACUCGUACAAGAACAUUGAGUCGGACGACGAGGUGGACCACCAGGCGAAGCACCAGCAGCAGGUGGGCGCGGGCCGCGAGGACAAGGAGAACCAGACUGAGCGACGCCUACGCAAGGAGGAGGAAGAGCUGAGCAAGCUGAAGUCGUCCGGCAUGGGCAAGGUCAUCCUGAAGGACCUGCAGGAGCAGAAAAAGUACGAAACCUGGAAGCGGGAGAAUCUGGAUCCGCGGAAUGCGUCCCGCACCCCGUCGGCAUCGAAGGAACCGACCUACCGGCUGCGGUACGAGUCCCCGGUCGGUGCGUCGCCCUCCCGCAACCUGGACCACCAACGAGCGUCCGAGGAUGAAUACUUUGACCGAUCGACCAGCUACCGCGGCUCCGUGGGUCGUGCCAUCGGCAACGCACCCAGCUACAACGUGGUGAGUUCCUUACGACAAGUACCUAAACCGGGUUACGGCUUGGCCCCUCGUUCGCAUACCUUCAGUUCCGCUACCGGUUCCGCUCACGGUGUUCCUGAUUUCUCGUUCGGUGGACUCGGAGAUAAGACCCACAGUACGGAGUUCAGCUGCGGCAAGAGCGACAUCUCCGUCGACUCGAUAACGGACGGCGACCGGCGCGCCCUCGGGGCGGACAUUCCCGCCUCCAGCACGUACUCGGGGGCGCUGUCCUACCACUACCCGCAGCAGCCGAUCCGGCGCAGCCUGCCGAACAUGGCGCACUCGAUGCUGGUGCACGAACCGGCCAAGAUCUACCCGUACCAUCUGCUGCUGAUCACCAACUACCGGCUGCCGGUGGACGUGGACCGGUGCAACCUGGAGCGCCACCUGUCGGACGUCGAGUUCGAGGCGAUUCUGCAGUGUUCCCGGGCCGAGUUUUACCGUAUGCCCCAGUGGAGACGCAACGAAAUUAAGCGACGUGCGCGUCUGUUCUAAAACUUCCCGAAAGUCACCAAUCAAUCGUACUAUUUUGAUUUAUCAUUUUCGACGAACAAGCGUGAACUAUUACUACUAUUAUUACUAAUUAAUCCCUCCCUUUUUCCCCCUCUCCAACUUCUGCUAAUUGCUAGCAGCUGUGCGAUUAUAGGCGCGAGAUUGUCUAAUCGCGAAAACAAAACAAAAAAGUCGAGUCAUCUCCCUUUUCUUUAUUUACUAUGUUUUACUUUCUAACAAAAUAUUAGAAAUAUAUAUUUCCUCCCCUCUUCGCGUAUGGCAAGCGAUAAUACAUUUAUAAAGAUUUGAUGGACGGUGAAGAGCAAAAUAAAAUUAAAAGAGAAAAAAACGUUUUCGAGCGAACGAUAAGACGAUAACUAUUUAUAUAAUUGAGUAUAAACCUAAAGUAAAUAUCAUCUUGCUUUCGCUUCAGACGCUACUAUUGUGUAAUUGCAAAACAACAAAAGCAAACAAAUAAAAAGAAAAACAAAACAACCCUAUAUUUUUAAUCUAAGCUAGAGUGUAGAGACAAAUUAAAAAAAAAAGGAAGCAGCAAGUCAAAGCUGGAAACACACAUAAUAGUAUAUGCUUGACAAGAAGAAGAAGUUGAUAACGAUGGGAUACGAGUUGCAUUUAUGAAAACAAAAGUUCUGGCGCUAAUCUACCAAUCUAUUGAUUUAAUCCGGGCUUGACGAAAGCAGUCGCCUAAUUUUUUGUUGUUUAGUUUUCGGUCGCGUGAGUCCUACUCAAGCGCGCGCGUUAUUUAGAGCUGUGUAAAUAAACCAUUUAAAAUGAAAGAGAAAUAGUCAAAACACACACACUACUAAUCACGAGUACACUUUGAGAACUACAACUACAACAGAGAUAGCCUUAACAAAUUUAGAAAGAUGAUGUAA